UCAAUUCAACGGACGAGCUGUCAAAGUCAAAUCAACUUAUCCGAAUGGCUGAUUGAUUGUUUUUAUUUUUUUAACUAAAAAUACUAAAUAAUGGAAGAAGUCCUAGCUAAAAUACCUUGUAGAGAAGCUCAAUUAAACGAAUUACACAAUUUAUUUGGUGAUCAUGAUGAACCAUUACCGUGCUCCUUGUUUUUAUGUGGUAACAUGGGGACCGGCAAAAGUGUCUGUAUAGAAACAAUUUUACGGCUUUUAUGCUACAGACAUGUAGUUAUUGACUGCAUAGAGUGUUAUUCGCCUAAAAUCAUGUACGAGAUGAUUUUAUCUGGCCUUGGAUGUGAUGAUUUAGAAGUAAAAUGUGAAACUAUGCUGGAUUUCACAAACGCUUUGAACCGCAUUGGUGAUACCGCUACAAAGUACGCGCCUAUUGUAUUGGUAUUCGACAGAGCUGAAAGACUGCGUAGUAUGGACCAGAGCAUCAUGUGCGCCAUGCUAAGACUGAGAGAACUAUGCAACUUAAACAUUUGCACUGUGUUUGUCAGCCAUUUAGUGUACGACAAUUUUACCUUCAAAAUGGGAGUGCGUGAACCCAUCACUAUAUAUUUUCCUAAUUACAACAAAGAGGAGUUAUUUAAAAUCAUAUUUUUACAUCAAAAGUCCUUCAUAUGCUAUUUACUUAGCAAUCACGAAGUUGAAGAUGAAAUAAAGAGUGAACUUGAGAAGCCCGAGUUGUUUGCUAAUUUCCUUAAUGCAUUUCUGAGUGUUUUCUACCGUCCAUGUCGUGAUCUCAUCGAACUACAACAUAUGGCCAAAGUUAAUUUUGUGAAAUACUGUGAACCAAUAAUAAAAUGUGAAAUUCAAGCACAGGACUUGACCAAACUGUGGAGGCACAUAUCACCGAUAUUAAAAACAAGUUUGGAAUUACUAUACCUGAGAAUAAGCACAGCCAACCCAAACAAAUUGUCACCAGGAAAGGAAAACAGCGACUUACCGCAAUCAUAUAAUUUCGAAAAUACCUUAAAAGACGAAUUGACAUCAACCAAAACUUUUGCACAGAGCUUUGAACUGCCUUACUAUGCAAAAUUUUUACUAAUAGCAGCGUACUUAGCUAGCUACAAUCCACCAAAAGAAGACAAGAGAUUGUUCAUGAAGAAUCACGGGAAACAGCGUAAGAGGUUACAACAAGUGAAAGCAAAAGCGAAAAUUAGUGAAAAACUUAAUACACAACUCGGACCUAAAAUGUUCACCUUGGACCGUUUGCUUGCAAUAUUUUACGCAAUACUCGAAGACAAAAUCGGGUUGACGAGUAACCUGCUGGCUCAGAUUGCGACAUUGGUGGAACUGAAAUUGAUUGCAGGUAGCAAGGAGAUCGAUUUGGACGUGUCAAAGUAUAAAUGUAUUGUUGGUUACGAUUUCAUUUGUGCAGUUGCUCAAACUGUCAGUUUUAAUGUAAGGAAGUAUCUGUAUGAUUUCAUGUAAUUUCACUGUGAGGUUUGUUCUCUUUCUCUUCAUGGCGUAACUGAUGUAUUCUCAACCGUUUGCUCUUCAAAGCUAACAAAAGUAAAUAAUUGAUGAUGUCAAUAUACUGUGGAAUACCUAUGGAUACUGUCUCGAACCCGCCUUGAUAUUUUACAAUGUACUAGACGUUUGAGGAUGUCUUGUGUACAUCAGUGUAAUUAUUGUGAGUAUUUAUAUUAAAAAAAUUAUUAAAAAUU